GCCUGCUCUCAAGGUUGGGCGGGCACCAUCAUGACUGGUGAAGGCUUCCACACAGCGGGCAAAGCGGGACUGCGGGAAAAGGGCCGUAACGUGCUCCACCUCAGUCUCGCCACUCAGCCACGUCUUGGCUUCCAAUUCCUCUUUGAGUUCAUUUUUUCUUUCACCUUUGGCAUCGCCUUUGCUGGUGGGGCCACAGGCGGAGCAGCUUUGGAGGAUGCUGCGCCCAAUGCUGUAGCUGGUGGCAUUGACGGCGUGGUUUUCACUGGGGUCCUGCUGCUCACCUCCUUGAACGGCUUGCUUGAGGUUGACUAUGUGGCGAAGCACCAUUGGAUGAAUGGCCCUGCUAGCCUCAGCAGAUGUGCCAAGAUGGAAAACAACAAGGCUAUGGGCUUCAGAGGCAUGAAUUCGAUGUGGGCUGACUGUACCCACCAGGAAGAACAUGAAGGUGAACCUACGGAACUGGCUUGUGGCAACGCCAGGCAUGGAACAGUUUGCCAUGAACUUGGAGUUCAAGUCUUCAAGGCAUGUGGUGGCGACUGGCAUGGUUCACAUGUACGUGGAGUUCAAGUCUCUACGGCUGAGAUGUUGGGAGAGCUCAAGGUUCAAGUCCUUGGGAGACGCAAUAGCGUGAACGCCUCUGAGGAAAAGAUGCCAGGCAAGUGCAAGGAACUGGCAUGUGAGAAAUGUGACAAUGCUGGAGCAACCUGUAUCCAGCAUGGAAGUUUUCCUGGAGUGAUUUGUACUUCAGAUUGCGGUGCUUUUGCAAUUGAGAUGAACGUGGAGAAGGCAGUUGGUGUCGAAUGCAAUCAAUGCUGUGAGUUGGCAUCCCUGAACAACUACAGCCUGGACAAUGUGACCUUCGAGCCCUACAUUGAGUUUGGCAUGGCAUUCAUGAACAUGCAGUUCGAGGUGAUGGGCUACAUGGUGAACUACGUCAAGGAAACCUACAUCAAUGUGUAUGACACCAUUAUGAACUUUGACUCCACCAAGUUCAUGGAGUUUUGCGCUGCAGUGGUGGCAAUGGUGAUGAUUGGCAUGAGGCAAACCUUCGAACUCAUGUCUGUCGAGAUGGUUUGGAGCAGCUGGUUGGCAACGAUGGCAAUUUGCUACAUGAUGAGCCACUUGGGCCUGCUGGUGACAAGAACCCCAACAAGCAGAUUGGGGAAGCGACGUUGUGGAGUUCAACGUGGACAAAUGAAGUUGCAGCUGAAGGCAUUGGUGUUUGCGUCAGUGGCCUACCACAGUCAGGUUGAUGGUCCCGUGGACAAGACCAAGGUUCAGUUGCGUGAUUGUCAAGGUGAACAGUUACAAGUUGCAGGUGUGAAGACAGCUAGCUUGGUGGUGCAAGACGAAGAUGGCAGUCAGGCUGAGUUGGAAACGCAAUUUGUGGUUUCUGGAAGUGUGAAGUCAUGCAUCCUCAGCUUGGGUCAACUUUACCGAGGUGGAUGGUCUGUUUCCCAAUCAACAAAUGGUCCAAUGUUGGAAUCUCCAGAUCACACGUUGAAGGUUCCAGUGUUUUAUCAACGCAAUUCACUGGCAAUUCAUGGAGAAGUUUGUCGUGUGGAAGCAGCAGAUGUUCCUGAUGUUGAAAUUUCCAUGGUUCGAGCAGUUGUUGAGCUGGAAGAGAAAUUCAGGCCAGAAGUCCUGCGCAACAAUCAAUGGGAAACAACUGUUGAAGGCAAUCCUUUCAUGCGUUCUGUGGGUGAGAACUUUGUUGAUCCUACUUUGGUUUGGCCAGCAAACUACAAGUACAGAACGACACUCAUUCAACGGAAAUCCACUUCAGAUGAAGAUCAUGGUUGGUGUGUUGUUGAGGUGAGUAGAAGGUUUCUGGAAAUGGAUGAACCAUUUGGACGCAUUGCAGAAGUUGACACAUAUGCUGGAGGUGAACCGGUGACAAUUCUUACCAUUGUUUCUAAGGUGAAUCAGAACUUGGUCGACUUUGGUGGUCUUCUCGAUCAAGGUGGACAGCAGUUGGAAGUCAUGUACGAGCCUGGAACGCCUCUUGCUUCAGGAGGUGAAGAAGUUGAAGGAGCUGACAUUGAAGAUGGAGAUGAAGGUAUUCAAGGUCGCGACAUCCCUGAAUUUCAACAGCUUGGUCCUGUUUUGGUCGAAGAGCAAGCAGCUGACAAGAUUGUUGUGGGAGAGAUGGAACUGACAGCAAGAUCUUCAGUGGAAAGAUUGCGACAGGCAGCUCGAUAUCUACGUGUUUCAGCAUCUGGUUCCAAACAGAAGAUUUUCCAAAGAAUCAAAGAAGCACAUCUCACUGCUUUGAAGAUGAGUGCGUUGGAAGUUGCAAGACAGGAGUAUGAAGCUCUGGAUCCCAAACCCAGGUUUGCAGAUGCACCAAAACAACCGAGUGCAAUGGAGCGCAAGAUGCACGAGGUUGAUCUUUUUGCAAUGCCAAACAGCAUGGGUGUUUUGCUGAUGGUUGAUGUUUGGACGAAGUACAUUGGUGUGGAGCCAUUGCGCAACAAAAAUGCUGGGGUCAUUGGUGCAAUCAUAGCCCGGUUUCUGUCAAAUUUGUCCUACUUUGACACGAUCGAAGUUUCAUAUGACAAUGAACCAGUGCUUGCAGCAGGUGUCAAAAUGGCUCAGGUGAUACGCUCAAACCAAGGUCUUCCAAUGGUACUUCAACCUGGCAAGAUGUACUCCAAGUCACGUACAAGCUUAGAAGAGAGGUCAAUUCAAACUGUGCGUGCUCAGGGCAAAUGUCUCAUUGCCUACAUCGAGGACAAGAUGCAGAUGAAGUUGGCAGAAGAUCAUGUACUUAGAGGAUGGGCAAUGGUGCAUGCUGGAUGGUUGCUGAACAGAUAUCAUUUGACAUCGAGCAGUGGCAUCACGGCAUACAUGGCUGUGCGUGGAAGGCCAUACAAAGGUCGUGUUUGUGCUUUUGGUGAAGAGGUCUAUGCACUUGACAGUCUUCAACAGAAGUAUCAAUGUCAAUGGAGAAAAGGAUGUUGGCUGACAAAAGACGAGGCUGACCAUGACAUCGUGGCCGUUGGCGAGAACGAGAUCAUCAGAAGCAAGGCCGUGCGCAAAACUGCAGAGCAUUGGGACGCAGCAGCACUUCUUGCUUUACAAGUUGGACCAUGGGAUAUGAAACGUGGCACACAAACAUCACUUCAACCCUCCAGACCAGCAGUACAUCCUGUUCCUGUUCUUCAUACCUCAUCACACGGCGUGCAAGCUGAACAUGAUCCUGAAGGUGAAGCAGUACUCCAAUAUGCCAAAGAACACCCAGAUGAAGACGCAGAAGAGGAAAUGGACUCCCACAAAGGCGGGGCAAUGUCAAAUCCUGCCGAUGUUCCUCCUCAUGAACUUCAAGGAGAAACUGGUGGUGCUGUGGCUUUCACUGAUGCAGAGAUGGAUGAGCUGAUUCAAGCGACUGAGAAGAGAGACAGAGAAACCGAACUCAAGCUUCCAGUUGGUGUGAGACAGCGUGUGGCUGAAGCUGAAGCAACCAAGAGGAGCACAGAAAAGCAAUCAUCGAGUUCAGCAAAGUUUGUGAAGUUUGACCAUACUGCAACUGAGCAACAGAAGUCCAAACAGCAAAAGACCGAGAUGUACAGUCCCACAUUUGCAGGUGAAGUUUCUGCAAGUCCAGCAUCUGGCAGUGGUCGUGUGCGCCAGGUGACCGAGGAGAUUGAGUUGUACGAGGAAGAUGAACCUGAGAUCAACAUUCCUCUUGAAACAUGGGACUGGGACGUGAACGAUCAGUUGUUGGAUGGUGAAUUUUCGCAGUUUGAAAUUUCUCCAGAGGAGAAGAAGCGUCGUGGCUUUCACAAUGAGGAAGCUGGUCCUCCCAAUGUUUGUGCGGAAGAACUUGCAUGGUUGGACAAGCAAGCGAUGUUCACAGAGUUGGAGCGUUUGAGAAAGCUUGAUGUGAUUGGUGAUGUCCAAGAAGGAGUUGUGUUUGGUUUCAUGAAGAAAGAGAAGAAGAAAACCCAGAAGUUUCAGAAGAUGAUCAAGAUGAAUACACAGAUGGCGACAUCGAGAUGGAGCCAAUUCCAACAAGAGCAUUUUUCCGAAAUGGCAUUCAUGGCUCAAGUCCUCCCGAAGAAAUCCCAGAAGAACAUGGUGAAGUUGCAGAAGGAACUGAACGUGCAGAAGGUGAACCAAUCCCUACGG